AUGCCAGAUUUCAAGAUAGGGCAGAAGGUCAAGCUCCAGGAUGACCGCAGAGCCACUGUCCGUUUUGUGGGCCAGACCAGCUUCCAGGUCGGAGAAUGGAUCGGUGUUCAGCUCGAGGAGAAGACGGGGAAGAACGACGGCAGCGUCCAGGGCCAGCGGUACUUCGACUGCCCCAUGGGCUACGGCAUGUUCGUGAAGCCCAUGAUGGCCACCAUCAUCGAGCCCCAGCCCGCCGCCGCCGCGAAGCCUGCAGCUCGGAAGCCUGGUGGUCGGCCCAGCAGCUUCAACCCGGCCGCGGGGAGGAUUUCCACUAGUGGUGAUGCUGGCUUGACUAGAAGGAGGAGCCUGAAUGCCCCGAGUCCGAGCCCGGUGCCUAAGACGUCCCGGCCGUCGAGCAUGGUCAGGUCUCCUACGAAAUCCCCGACGAAGCAGCUCAGCGGCCCGCCGAGCGCAUCCACAUCUCGCACCGGCACCCCAUCGAAUGCCCGCACGACCUCGGCUGCAUCGAGAUCUCGCCCGUCCGUGGGAGCAACGAGGACGUCUAUGGGACCCCCCGCUGUACCGGCGUCUCGCACUGCCCGCGCAGUAUCUUCUGGAGCCCCCGCCCGCACAACAACCACCGGCCUGACCAGAACCGCCAGCGGACGCACGUCUCUCGCGGGGCAACGCACGACGUCGAGGACGGAGCAGAACAGGAGACCCUCUGGCGACUCGCAGGCUGGGAGAGACAGCGGGCGGGAAGAUGAGACGGGGGCCAUGUCCCCCCUUAAGACGGAGAUUCUUUCGCCCCAGCCAAGGAGCCCCGUGGCUGCCAGAUCCAACGCCGUCGAGCGGCUUACUGCUGCCACGGCAGGUCCAUCGGCGGCGUCAGGAGCAAGGAGAGUGAGCUCAACGGUGGGCGCCCCGCGCGCCACCGGGAGCGUCGCAGCGGCAAACAGAGAAAUAGAGGAUCUGAAAUCGAAGAUCAAGGUGCUGGAAAGGAAACGGAUCGAAGACCGGGACAAGUUAAAGCAGCUCGAGCAGAUUCAGGGCGAGAGAGACAAGUAUGAGAGUGUGGUGCAGAAGCUGCAGCAAAAGUACCAGCCUUUGCAAGAGGAGAACAAUGAGCUACGGAAAAUGAUGAAGGAGGCAGAGGCAAAAUUCGAGUCCGUGGAGGAGAUGCAGGCCGAGCACGAGUCUCAGCUCGAGCUUGCUGCUCUCGACCGGGAAAUGGCAGAGGAAAUUGCUGAGGUGCUCAAGGGCGACUUAGAGGCUCUCAAGCUGAAGACGGAAGAAUUAGAGCUCGAAGUCGAGGUACUCCGCGAGGAGAACGAAGAAUUCCAGAACGGAAUGAGCCCCGAGGAACGUGCCGGUGCUGGAUGGCUUCAGAUGGAACGAACCAACGAUCGAUUGCGCGAGGCUCUUCUCAGGCUCAGAGACAUUACGCAGGAGUCAGAGGAACAGCUCAAGCAGCAGAUUGCCGGGCUUGAGGAUGAGCUGAGGGAACUGACGUCGAUUAAGGAGAUCCACGAGGCAACCGCCGAGAAAUUGACUAACAGCGAGGCGGUUGUUGAGGACCUUCGCCAACAGCUUGACAAUGCCCUUGGGGCCGAGGAUAUCAUCGAGGACCUCAGUGAGCGAAACAUGAGUCUUUCGGAGCAAGUCAAGGAGCUUCAGGCAGUGGUGGACGACCUUGAAAGCCUCAAGGAGAUUAGCGACGAGCUCGAAGCGAACCAUGUUCAGAAUGAGAAGGAGCUUCAGGAGGAAGUUGAUUUCCGAGACGCCAUUAUUGCAGAGCAAGCCCGUCGGUCUGCUGAGCAAGACCAGAAUCUUGGCGAUCUUGAAUACACUUUGUCUCGAUUCCGCGAGCUCGUUACAAACUUGCAAACCGACCUGGCAGAUAUGCGCGCAUCCCAGGCGGUUACAGAGGGCGAAUCCGAGAAGCUCAAUGACCGCUCUCGCGCCAUGAUGGAUCUCAACAUGAAGCUCCAGAUAUCUGCUGCCAAGGCGCAGGCCAAGACUAUUGACCUGGAGUUGCGACGACUCGAGGCACAGGAGGCAGAGCAGCACCUUGAAAUCGUCAAGCUCUUCUUGCCGGAUACCUACAAGGAAGACAAGGACUCCGUGCUGGCUCUUCUCCGUUUCAAGCGGUUGGCCUUCAAGGCAAGCCUCCUCAACGGCUUUAUCAAGGAGCGUGUCAACGGCAAGCCCGAUCCCGGCCAUGAAGACGACACCAUUGCUGGCUGCGAUGCUCUUGAUAAGCUGGUCUGGGUCUCUUCUACGUGCGAUCGCUUUGUCAACAAUAUCAGCCAUUGCUCCAUUGAGCAGUUCACCAGGUACCAGAACGCUCUUCAUGAGCUGGAGCCAGUAGAGCGGGCUCUCAACUCAUGGAUCGAUGGCCUUCGUCGCGAUGAGCUCAAGGUGCAGAAGUGUGCCGAUGAGCUUCACCGCACCAUGGCUCUCAUGACGCACCUGGCUGAGGUCCAUAUCGUCGACGAGCUGCCGAGCUUUGCGGACGAAUUACAUACCAAGUCUCUUGUCAUCCAGAGCCACCUCGAAUCCGCCGCCGUGGUAUUCACUACCGUGAGGGACAUGGCGCAGAGGGCUGUGCCUUCAGAAGGAGAGGAGAACGAGCUGGCCCAGCACUUUGCUAAGAGGACAGACCUGGUGAUCACACAGACCAGAGGCACCAAGGUCAUCGCUGGCAAGAUUGUGAGAGCUCUUGAGGAACUCAAGGAUCGAUCACUUUCGCUGCUGCCAGAGACCAGAGAGGCGUUUGAGCAAUGUGAGUCGAUGACUGAGGAACUUGCAGGCCUCGCUCGCCAGAUUGGUGUUGGUGUCCACGGCCUCCUCACCAAGGACGAGUCGCGGUCGGAACCAUUUACCUACAUCGAGAUCCAAGAAGCCAUCCAGAAGACAGUCCUGGCGGCAGUGUCGGCGAACGAGUCCGAUACCUUCUCAGAGUACCUCAACAAGCUUCGCAUUGCCAGCGGCCAAAUCUCGGACUUGGCAGCCGUCGCGACCGAUCUCGACCAGGCACAAGAGUUCGAUGUCAGCCCUGCUCCUUGGCGUUUGCGAUCCGAGGAGCUCAAGAACCUCAGGACGGUGCCCGUCGAUGCCGAAGAGGAGCUCAGGAAAGUUAAGGAGGAGCACCAGGAGGCCCGACGCGCCAUCGCCCUACGUGACGAGCAUCUCAGCACGGCAAGCGUCAAGAUUGAGACGCUUGAAGCUAGAAUGCGUGAUGCCCAAGCCAACAUUGACCGCAUCAGCAACCUGCAGGUCGAGCUCGAGGCCUCGGGAGAGCAAGUCUCAAGCCUCAAGGAGGACAUUGAGAAGCAAGACAGGGAGCUCAGAAGCCUGGAGGCCGAGCGCGACAAGUGGAAGAAGAUUGCCAGCGACAGCCAGGCCUUUGCAGACGGCGCCGACGCGGCAGGGGCCAAGGCUGGCCAGGAGCGUGCUCACGCCAAUGCCAAGGAGGUGGACACCCUCAAGAAGAACAUCGAGAGCCUGCAAUCUGCUAUCAGGUACCUGCGUGAGGAUAGCCGCCGCGCCCGCAUGACGGAGCAGCCCAAGCUCGACUGGUUGGCAGAGCCUCUGGUGAAGCCGGCCCGGGUGGCGGACCAGCGCAAGGCCCUGGUCGCCUCGGAGGGCAAGGAUGUCCUCGGCGAGCUGGUCAAGAUGACCUCUACCGCCACGCUGUUCGACUUCAAGUCCCUGCCCAAGGACAAGAUGGCAUGGAGGCCGGCGAGAUCGACGCCCCAGUACCACGCAGCCAAGCAAUUGGAAGACUACGAGGCCUGGAAGAGCUGGCAAGAUGCCGUGGUGAGGAAGGCGGGGAUGCUCAAGUCCGGGAGCGAGAGGAAGGCCGAUUCCGCCCAGCGCAAGCCCGCGGCGCUCCUGCAGAUCAGGCUGCCAGAUUCAGACGGCAAGAAGAUGACGAACGGCGCUCGGGGUGGUGUGCACAUUGUAGGAUCACGAGAGUGGGAGGCUUUACAGAGUCGAGUCACAGUUGUAUGA